ACAUGAUGAAAUACACCAUGUGUUUUUAAACCGUAAUCGAUAUAAAUAACUAUCCACUUCGCACACAUACACAUGUGUGAUAUUAUGUGUAAAUUUACGGUUUAAAAACACAUCGUGUAUUUCACCAGAUGUAGGUUGUACAAAGCCGUCUCUAUAUAUAUAGUGAUUGUCUUGGAGGCAACAUAUAACGUCUGUACGCCGCCGCCGCCGGAGCUGCAGUUAUGAGUACUUGUACUAAGAGAUGGAUGAUCUCUCUAUUAAUUAUCACAAACCUUUUCUCCUUGGCAAUCUCCCAAUAUGAGGCUUUUUUUUGUUCACAAAAUGGGAACUACACAAAAGAAAGCCUAUACAGGGCUGAUCUUAACAGCUUACUCAAUUCUCUCUCCUCAAACAUAGACAACACAGGUUUCUACAGUGCCUCCGUCGGUCAAGCGAACGCCAUUGCGCUAUGCAGAGCCGAUAUUCAGCACAACACCUGUCAAGGUUGCGUCAAUAUAGUGGCCAAGGAGAUCCUAGGUAUAUGUCCGAAUCAAUACCAGGCGGUUAUGUGGUACGAAUUCUGUAUGGUCCGAUACUCGAACGAUAACAUAACCGGAAGGCUGGCAAUUUCUCCGGGAACAUAUUCUUAUAAUCGAAACAAUAUGACGAGCCCGGGCAGUUUUAAGGUUGUCCGGGAAGAGCUGAUGGACGAUGUUCGGGCCCGGGCGGCAAACGGCGGCCCGUUGCGUAAGGCUGCGGUGGGGAAUAGGACGGGGCCUGAUGAUCAGGAAAUAUUCGCAUUGUUGCAGUGUACUCCGGAUUUAUCGCCCGUGAAUUGCAGUAGAUGCUUGGUCCAGGCUACCCAAUAUAUUUCGGCACUUGUUAAUGAUACCAUAGGGAUCAGACUCUAUACUCCCAGCUGCCUUUAUCGCUACGAGCCUUCACAAUUUUACAAUGACACAAGGCUUGAAGAACCACUGACCCCGCCGUUAGCGCCGCCUUUGGUGUCAUCUCCGCCGCCGCCACCACCACCACCACUACUGCCAUUUCCACCACCUCCAGGUAAUCAUAGUUUAAUUAAGGAUAAAUAA